CAUCUUGGAUAGCAAUAGCAACCAACAAAAUCGUUGCAUCUCAUCAACACAACAAUCAACAAUCAUGUCGUCAAAGAUCGUGCACAUCGAAUCGCCGCAGCAGUUCAGCUCGCUAUUGUCGUCGUCGCGCAUUGUCGUCACCGACUUCUACGCCGACUGGUGCGGCCCAUGCAAGGCCAUCGCCCCCUUCUAUGAGCAGCUCGCCAACCAGCUCUCUCGCACCAACCAGAUCACCUUCACCAAGGUCAACACAGACAAUCAGCGCGACAUUGCUCAGACGUACAACAUCACCGCCAUGCCCACCUUCAUGGUCUUCAAGAACGGUCGCGAGACUCAGCGCAUUAGAGGCGCCGACCCCAAGGCCCUCGAUGCUGCUGUCAAGUCUCUGGCUUCUGAAGCCGAGUCCUCUUCGGCCGAUGCUGCCUCCUCAUCCUCGUCUGGCACAUGGAUCGGCGCAUCCCUACCCCGCGGCUACUCAGACAUCACCGACAGUGUGGAUCUGCUCAACCUUGACUUCCUCAAUGUCGAUUCUGAAGCUGGCGGCGCCCGUGCCGUCUUCAACACAGCCCAGCCCGCCGCUCUCUCAAAAGCAAAGUCGUCUGGAGACAAGGACUGGAUCGAGAGUGAUACUGAUGAUCAACUCAUGAUGUACAUUCCUUUCCAGAGUUCGCUCAAGGUCCACGGUCUUCACAUCACCUCCUUCCCACCAGAGGGUGAUGAUGACAUUGUCCGUCCCCGCACAUUGAAGCUCUACACAAACAAGUCAAACGUUCUGUCCUUUGACGAGGCCGAGUCAAUUCCCUCAACUCAGGAGAUUGUCAUCCAAGAGUCCGACUGGGAUGCCAAGACUGGCACCGCCAGAAUCGACUUGCGCUUUGUCAAGUUCCAGAACGUGUCGAGUCUGGUCAUCUUUGUCGUCGAUGGAGACGGCGAUGGUGAGAAGACAAGGGUCGACCGUAUCAAGGUUAUCGGCGAGACGGGCGAGAAGAGGGCCAUGGGCAAACUCGAGAAGAUUGGCGACGAGCAGGGCGAGUAGACCAGUCUCCGCAAUUUGAGCCAUGUACGCUACCGUACUCGUACACUCUGAUACCCAGACCUUCCUCGUGUAACUCCUCCCUCUCCACAAACUCUCGUCCAUCAGCUGUUCGGCGCUCCCGCCCUCUCUCUCCUCGCAUGAACAUAUCGCAAGCACUGCCGCGAACCCUAGAAGUCAAUCACCAGGCCUGCCGCCUGCGACAAUCAAAUGCCGUCUUGGAAGAAGGAGCUCAACUCCAGACUUUCUGGGGCCCGGGCGAGGUCGUCGAAGAUCUGAUCUGGCUCAAGGUUGAGAGUUACGUUAUUAGCCAGAGCACGCAUUAUUUCAUCCGAUGUCGCCGAAAUCUUUCAUGGAGAAAAGCAUAAGACGCAAGGACAAAAAUUCAUGCUCGCCGGCUGUGAUUACUAUUCCAGGUCGCCGGUGGGACCGUGAAGUAUAACCUUGCUGUAUAACGAACUAUGACAAUUUAAACCUUUUCGUGAACC